UCCAGCCCAGCUGUGCGCUCACCGGUCAUGCAGUCCGUCACCGUGAUCACGCUGCUGCUCUGCUCUGCCCACUUGUCCGCGGGCCUCCCCUUCGAGCAGAGGGGGUUCUGGGACUUCGGGAAGGAGUUUGACGUGCAGGACCUGCUGAUGAUGAUGAGGGACGAGGAGGACGGGUCGGCCAUCGGCCCGGUGGACCCGCAGGAGAUCCCGGCCGGCUGUCCCUUUGGCUGCCAGUGCAGCCUGCGCGUGGUGCAGUGCUCCGACCAAAAUCUGUACGCUGUUCCCCAGGAUAUUCCCACAGACACACGCCUUCUGGACCUGCAGGGCAACAAAAUCACUGAGAUUAGAGAAAAUGACUUCAAAGGGCUUUAUAACCUUUAUGCGUUGGUUCUGGUGAAUAACAGGAUCUCACGGGUGCACCCUCGAGCCUUCCUACCCCUGGGCCGUCUGCAGAAGCUUUACUUCUCCCACAACCAGCUGCCCUCUGUACCCAAAAACCUGCCCGCCUCACUGGUGGAGCUGCGUAUCCAUGACAACCUCAUCAAGAGGGUGGCUGCUGGGACCUUCUCUGCACUGGGUACCAUGAACUGCAUUGAGUUGGGCCGGAACCCCCUUCGGAAUAGCGGAUUGGAGCCAGGAGCCUUCACUGGCCUAAAACUGAACUUCCUGCGUAUCUCUGAAGCCAAACUCACUGGCAUACCCAAAGACCUACCCGAAAACCUUCGUGAGCUUCACUUGGAUCAAAAUCAGAUUCAGGCCAUUGAGCUAGUGGACCUUAGUCAGUACAGAGAUCUUUACAGACUGGGCCUUGGCCACAAUCACAUCCGUCACAUUGAGCAUGGUAGUCUGGCUUAUGUCCCCAACCUGAGAGAGAUUCACCUGGACAACAACCGCCUGAAUAAAGUCCCUGCUGGUCUGCCUCACAUGAAAUACCUACAGGUUGUCUACCUCCAUUCCAACAACAUCAGUGAGGUUGGCGUCAACGAUUUUUGCCCCACAGGCUUCGGAAUGAAGAAGACAUUCUACAAUGGCAUCAGUCUGUUCGAUAACCCGAUCAACUACUGGGAGGUGCAACCCGCCACCUUCCGAUGCGUGUCCGAUCGAAAUGCCAUUCACUUCGGCAACCACAAGAAAUAGGGUAACUCAGGAACCUCGCCAUAGAAAAAUACUUUGAAAUCUAAAUGAAGUGGAAUGAAUAUUUAAAAAAAAAAAAAAAAUCCACAUGAGGGUUUGCAGUGGUUAUUUGAAUUAGUGUUUGAAAUAAAAUGGCUGAAGGAAUACAUGGAGUAUGUGGUUAAAUGGGAGCAGAGGCAAUACUAAACGGAGCGGUGCCUCUUACGGAUACAAGAGGGGGGAAGAGGGGUUUUUUGUUUGUGUGUUUUUUUUUUUAAUCUCUGUUGACAAGCAGACCUUUGAACUUUUAAGGUUUUAAGUAACAACACACAUGGUCAGGGGGUAAAAUGGAAGGAGGGUCUAUCAAUGCAAAUUGUAAUAACUAAUUCAACUUCAGUCUUGUUUUUUUUCUUUUCUAUUUUUCGCAGUAAAUGAACAGCAUUGAAAAAUGGUUGCUAUGAUUUUGGCUGUUGUCAUUGUUAUUCAGUUAUGAUAACUAUGAUGAGGAGUCAUGGCUUGUAUACAAUAUUGCUUUAAAAAUAGAUGUAAUUUAUGUUUUUUUUUAAGGUCAACAGAUUGAUUGGGAAAAUGUAUUGACAUUUUGAGUCAUUAAUGUAUUCUAUUAGGUAAACCAUAACAUUCAAAUGAGUACAGUAAUUCAGGUUUCCAGACAAAGAAGCGUUUUAUGUACAGUUGUUGAUUGUGAACAAUAUCGUAUACACCUAAAUUGGAUGGUGUGUAAAUCCGGGUGCUAGUAGGCCUACGAUUGCUGCGUAUGCCUUUUAAUUAUGUAAUGUUGUCACUAAUGAUACAUUUCUUGACAAAUUAAAGACUAAACAACUCAAAUAGAAAGACUAGGUUUGAUAUUUCUCAAUUCAUUUGUUUUUGUUGUGAAGUUUUGAGCCUAUUGUAUACA